CAAAUCCCAUGAUCAAGCCGGAUGCCGCGCAGAGUGUCUGUAGUCCAUUCUGGGGAGUGCGACUCCCAGAAAACAACGCGAAGUCAGCAGUCCAAGGGAGCUAAGUUGAUUACUUACUGCUCAACUGAGAAGUUGCGAUGGCAGAGCAGCAGCCCCCCCAGGACGUGGACGCAGAUGAAUGCCUGUCCAGCUACACCUACAUCUACAGCCCUGACCUGCUCAAGGACAAAGUGGCGUUCAUAACCGGGGGCGGAUCUGGAAUUGGAUUUCGCAUUGCAGAGGUUCUCAUGAGGCAUGGCUGUGACACGGUGAUCGGCAGCAGGAACCAGGAACGUCUGGCAGAGGCUGCAAAGAAGCUGACCACGGCCACAGGACGCCACUGCUUGCCGUUGUCCCUUGACGUGCGGCAGCCCCAAACCAUCACCGCUGCUGUGGAGGAGACGCUCAGAGAGUUUGGGAGGAUCGACAUCCUUAUUAACAAUGCUGCGGGUAAUUUCCUGUGCCCUGCCAGCGCCCUGUCAUUCAACGCAUUCAAGACUGUGAUGGAGAUUGACACCAUGGGCACCUUCAACACCAGCAAGGUGGUCUACGAGAAGUGGCUGAAGGAUCAUGGGGGGGCUAUCGUCAACAUCUCGGCCACUCUGAGCUACCGGGGCCAGGCGCUACAGGUGCAUGCUGGGUCUGCCAAGGCUGCCAUAGACGCAAUGACGAAACACCUGGCAGUGGAAUGGGGACCAAACAACAUCCGAGUGAACAGCCUGGCUCCAGGACCCAUCUCGGGCACAGAGGGGUACCGUAGGCUGGGUGGUUUGUCUGCGGAGGCUGGCGGUCACUUCCACACCAUCCCCCUGCAGCGGGCAGGCAACAAAACUGAGAUCGCCCACAGUGUGCUGUACCUGGCCAGCAGUGCCGCCUCCUAUGUGACUGGAGCCUGUCUGGUGGUGGACGGAGGCAGCUGGCUCACCUCAGCCAACAGCCUCCCUGCGCUCCUGGGUAUAGCCUCCCAAUCUGCUAAACUCUGACCCUCUGCCUGUUCCUCCAGAGCUCUGGUCAUCUGGAAUGAAAAAUGACAAAUAAAGAACAAGAGGAAGUCUUAUAAAAUUGUUAAGCACAAAAAUUAAUUAGUUUGUUGCUGUUAAUUCCCAACAUUCAAUAGAGCGGCUCUAUUACAUUUAUUAUCUAUUACAUUCUAUUACUACACUUGACAUACCCCACUCAGCCCUAUUGAACUCCUUAAGAGACCUGAAAUCCCUUCAGCGAUACUCAAACGUAUACUAAAAUGAAGUAGUGCUAAAAACACUUUCCACUUCAGGAUUUCCCACUAAAGGUGUAUAUUAAUUUUCUACACGUCAUUGAAAUUGCUUUUCAAUUUUACUUGCUGUCACGGAUGGCUGGUGGGUGACGUCAGACCAGGAAGUAGACACAGGCCCAGUACUGCGGGGUGAGACGCAAAUGUGUGCUUUAUUAACCAAUGAACUUUAAAUAAUAAAUACAAAACAAAACGGCACAAUGGCCAAAAUAAAUAUACACAAAUAAAACAAGUACCGUGCUGGUGCAACUCCA